AUGGCUAAUUUGUAUUCACCAUGUAAUGAAGUUUUCUUGAAUUUUAGGGGAAAAGAUGUACGCAGAACUUUUUUAGAUCAUCUCUAUAAAGCAUUAUGUGAUGCUGGAAUUAUUGUGUUUAGAGAUGAUGAUGAACUUCCAAGAGGCGAGGACAUUUCACGGAGUUUACUUGAAGCAAUUGAAGAGUCAAAAAUUUCUCUUGUUGUUUUCUCCAAAAAUUAUGCAUCAUCUAAAUGGUGUCUUAAUGAGCUGGUCAAAAUUCUUGAAUGUAAAGAAAAACUUGGACAGCACAUUUUUCCUAUUUUUUAUGAUGUUCAUCCUUCUGAAGUACGCCAUCAAACUGGGAAAAUUGGAGAUUCCCUUGCCAAACAUGAAUCCAAUUCAAGUCCAGAACAGUUGAGGAAGUGGAGAGCUGCACUUACUGCAGUUGCAAAUUUAAAGGGAUUGCAUCUUCAAAAUCAUUUUAACGGUAGUGAAGUCAAGUUCAUUGAGAUGAUUAUCCAGGAGGUAGAGGGUAAAUUAAACAAAAAAUAUAUGGACAUUGCAAGGCAUCCAGUAGGAAUUAAUUCUCGUGUUAAUGAACUAAUAAAUAAGUUGUCAUGGACGGUGUCAAGUGAUGUCAUGAAUGUUGGAAUCUGGGGCAUGGGGGGGGUUGGUAAAACAACCUUAGCAAAAGCCAUCUUCAACCAAAUUUCUCCAAAUUUUGAUGGUAGCUCCUUUCUUCAUGUUGGAUCGGAAGUUUCAAGGGGGGAUAGCUAUUUGGUUGCUUUGCAAGAAAAGCUUCUCAAGGAUACUCUCAGGAAAAGAAUUGACGUCAGCAGUGUCGACCAUGGAAUUGAAUUGAUUAAACAAAGGCUUCAAUCAAAAAGAGUUCUCAUAAUCCUUGAUGAGGUUGUUGAUGACGGACAAAUAUACUCAUUAGUGGGAGGGAAGAAUUGGCUUGGUCCUGGCAGUAGAAUUAUCAUUACCACGAGGGACGAACGCUUGCUGAAAUGUUCCACAGGUGAUGUAAAAUAUGAGGUCAAGUGUAUGACCGAAAGUGAAAGUCUACAGCUUUUCUGUUGGCAUGCUUUCGAGAAUCCCUUCCCUCCAGAAGACUUUGUGGAGGUCUCUGAAAGUGUGGUAACAUAUGCACAAGGGCUUCCAUUAGCACUUGAAGUUUGGGGAUCCGAUUUAUAUAAAAGGGGCAUGGUAGAGUGGAAAAGUUUCAUUGAGAAAUUGAAGCAAAUCCCUCACAAUUCGAUAAUAGAGAAACUGAGAAUAAGCUUUGAUGGUCUCCCUGAUCAUACAACUAAGGAAACACUCCUUGAUAUCGCAUGUUUCUUGGAAGGAUGGGACAAGGAAGAUGCUUCUAAAGUCCUCAGCAGUUGCGGUUUCUUCCCUGAAAUUGGAAUUAAUGUCUUGAUCGAGAAGAGUUUAGUAACAAUAAAUGAAUCCAAUCAACUGAGCUUGCAUAAUCUGAUUAGAGAUAUGGGAAGAGAAAUUGUUCGUACAGAAUCCAAAGAUCCAGGUGAACGUAGCAGAUUGUGGGAUCCCGAUGAUAUUCUUGAUUUGAUUACUAGACGCAAGGGAGGGGAAAAAGUUGAGGCAUUGAAGCUAGUAGAACCAGUAUUUAAGGACAUGUGUGUGAGUACAAAAGUAUUUUCAGAAAUGAAGAACCUGAGACUCCUCCAGAUUGAUCAUCUUACUCUUCAAGGAAGCUUCAAGGACAUAUUUAAGGAGCUUAGAGUGUUAAGCUGGAAUGAUUGCCAUUUGGAACACUUGCCAUCGGAUUUGCAUCUGGACAAACUUGUUAUUUUGGAUGUGAAACACAGCAGCUUCAAAGAGUCCCCUAGUACAAAGCACUUAAGGUGUUUGAAGAUUUUGGAUCUGAGCUAUUGUGAGAGCCUAGUGAGAACUUCAGACUUCACUGGUUCACCAAUGCUUGAGAAACUAGUUUUUAGAGGUUGUUCGAGUUUGACUGAGGUGCAUUCAUCAAUUGGAUAUUUGGAGGUUCUCGGGUAUUUAGAUUUCACUGGGUGUAAGAAACUCCAGGGACUACCUGAUAGCAUCUGCAAGCUGAAAUCGCUCGAGAAGCUAUAUCUGAAUGAUUGUACAAAUCUACAACAAUUGCCUGCUGACAUGGGGAAUCUUAGGCAUUUGACGGCACUUUAUGCAAUGGGAACAUCUAUUAAACAACUACCAGUGUCUUGUGGACUUCUGAAGAAUCUUCAACUCUUGGAAGUAGGAAAUGGCUGCAAAAUUUUACAACCUAAAUCUCGUCUUUCCAUCAUUUCAUCCUUUUUAGCAUCAAAAGAUCAUGAUAUUCUUCCAUCUUCUAUUAUAAAUUUACCAUCCUUAGAAGUUCUAAAAGUUCCUUUCUUCAAUCUGUGCCAAAGAGAUAUUCCCAAUCGUCUUGGCCAAUUAUUCUCACUGGAAGUCUUAGAUUUAAGUGGAAAUAACUUUCACAGCCUACCCCUCACUCUUAGUCACCUAUCCAAGCUAAAAACCCUUAGCCUCUAUGGAUGCCCGAAUCUCCUUAUGCUCCCAAAUCUUCCUUGUAACCUAGAAGCACUAUCCACAAGGAAUUGCAGGUCACUAGAAAUGCUUCCAGAUUUGUCAAGUGCAGACAGAUUGCAACUGUUGGAUUUCUGUGAUUGCAGUAAAUUGGUUGAGAUUCGGGGCCUUGAGAACCUUAAAUACUUGAAGUAUAUGAAUGCAAUAGGUUGUAUGCUCACAAAAAAUCCUCUAGCUGAAGGCUUCUUCAAGGCAAAUUCUACCCCCAAUGGCGUAAAUGUUUUUCUUCAGUGCAAUGAGAUUCCUAGUUGGUUUGACUAUCGGGUUGUGGGAUCUUCAAUAUCUUUGAUUGUGCCACGAUACAUGGAUCAAGAAUUCCUUGGCAUGAUUGUUUGGGCUAUUUGUAGACCUCAAGGAGAACAUUGUGUUGGAACCCCCAUUGCCAUCAUCACUGACCAGACAAAUAGGAUUGAGUAUCCGCUUUUUGGUGCAGACAUUCCAGUACGGUAUGAGAGUUAUGCAUGGGUGAGCUAUAUGCCAAGACGAUAUUUCAAACGUCCAAUUAAAGGCGGUGAGAAAAUGAUGGUUUCUAUCAAAGAGCAUCAUUCAUCAAAGGAAGGUUUAGGAAAGAAGUUUGGGGUUCAUCUUUUGUUUGCAACCAGCCCAAAAGGAAAGUCAUUACCUUUGAGCAGAUUGUGACAGAGAUGAUGGACUUUUGAUUCAGGUUUAAUAUUUUUCCAACUUUUCUUGGGCUGCUGAGGUUUUGAUAAACAUCCAACCUGAAAACAAGUAUUGUGUGUAUGCAUUU